AUGAUUAUAAAUAACAUGCUGUUUACAGUUACCAUAAUAUUCUUCAAAGCGCUCAGUCGUUUAACUUAUUGUAAACACAAAUAUGUCAUUCUAAACGUAAAGGUAAUGACAACACUGGACAAAUAUUAUACAACCUUUGCAGAACGAAUUAAGGAAGAAACACUAGAUAGACUUCUCGGAAAACGGAGGAACGUUGUAUCAGACAAUAAUCAUUUUGAUGCUUACGUAGCUUCAUCUAAAUAUUACCAUGGAUUGGAUACAUGA